UGGGCGGGGUUGAGGCGCGUCAAUCAGCGGCGCUACAAUAGCACGUGUGUCGGUCAUGGUCAUAGAGCGGCUCGGCGGAGGCGAGGCGACUGCAGCCUGCUGAUAGGAGGAAGAGACAGCCAGCGAGCGGUUACCGUCACCUUAUCCAACGCUCCACAUUCACUACAUCCAAAAGCGCCUCUGCAACCCGACCGCCCUUUAAUAAUGCACGCGGAGCCGAAGCGCGUAUCAACCGACCGCCUCUGAAUGAUGUAUCGCACCGGCUACUACAGCACCGCCGCACCGGAGAGCACGAACCUGUAGCUGGCUGAUCCGCGGGAGAAAAUGUCACACUAUCAUUUCAUCAAAUGCUGUUGUUUUCAGCUAUGUAACGUGUUCAGGCAGAACAUGGAGAUAGACCAGUGUCUGCUGGAGUCUCUGCCGUUGGGCCAGCGUCAGCGGCUGGUCAGACGCAUGCGUUGCGAGCAGCUGCGGGUUUACUAUGAGCGCGAACGGACACUUCAGAAACAGAGCUUCCCCAAGUCCCGCUCUACCAACCGCAAGAAACAAAAGAUCAGCUUCCCGCUUUCAGACAUCAUCCAGGACGCCAUCAUUCGGCAUGACGACAAAGAAGUUCUAAGGCUGCUGAAGGAGGGAGCUGACCUGAGCACAGUCAUUUCCUCUGGAGGAUCUCUGCUCCAUCUGUGCGCUCGCCAUGACAAUGUGUUUGCCGCUGAGAUUUUGAUAGAGAAAGGACUGAACGUUAACCUGCAGGAUGAAGACCUCUGGACUGCCCUGCAUGUGGCCUGUGCCUGCGAUCAUGCAGAUAUGGUGCUGCUUCUGCUGCUGGCCGGAGUCAAUGUGCUCCUGCAGGAUGUGAACGGGAACAUUCCACUGGACUACACCACAGAGGGGACGGAAACCAGAUACAUCCUCAUCAGACACCUGGAGGAGAAUGGAGUGGACAUGAGCUCUGUCCACCAGAUGAAGAGCCAGCGCUGCUUCACCAUGAUGUCUGACGUGAAGCAGCUGGUCAGCAGCGGGGGAAGCGUCAAUCAACAAAAUGACGAUGGGGUCACGCUGCUACACAUCGCUAGUGCCAGCGGCUAUAAGGAGGUGGUGUCAGUUCUGCUGGAGAAUGGAGCAGAUGUACUGGUGUCUGACAGCAGCUACUGGACGCCAUUACAUCUAGCUGCCAAAUAUGGACAGACCCACAUUGUGAGCCAGCUGUUGAAGCACAAAGCAGAUCCUACGCUACUGAACUGCAACCAGGACAAACCCUCAGACAUUGCAGCGACUGAGCACAUAGCGGAGAUGCUGCUGAGAGCAGAGGAGUUCUGGGUACAGAGACAGAGAGACCCCUCUGCAUCUCCUCCACAGUCUGAAGAUCACUCUGCUGAGGCCAACCAGGACGACAACCUGCCUGUUAAAAAACUGGCUACCAUGGCUCUGCCCAUCUCCAGGAGGGACAGUUUGCUGGAGAAGGAGGCCAUGUUUAGGGACUCUGGAGGUGCUCUGACACAGCAGGCUUCCCUUGAUAACGGGCUGGAUGGAUCAUAUCCCAGCGCUGCAGGAAAACUGGAGCAGGUGAAACUGAUGCCUCCUGCCCCUAAUGAUGACCUUGCAUCUCUCAGUGAGCUCACAGACAGCAGCCUGCUCUACGAGAUGCAGAAGCGCUUCGCCAAUGACCAGAUUUAUACCUACAUUGGACACAUUCUUCUCCUCAUAAACCCUUACAAGGACCUGCCCAUCUACUCUAAUCUUGUCAGUCAGUUGUAUCUGAGCUCCAGUGGCCGUCUGUGUUCUUCUCUCCCUCCUCAUAUCUUCUCUUCAGCCGAACGAGCUUUUCACAUGAUGUUUCAGGAGCGACGGCCACAGUGUUUCAUCAUCAGUGGAGAGAGUGGUUCUGGGAAGUCUGUGGCCUGUAAACACAUCCUGAAGCACCUGGCCGCUCGCUCCAGUCCCAAAGGGUUCGCUUUAGAGCCACGCAUGAAGCAUGUGAAUGUGAUCCUGGAAGCGUUUGGUCAUGCAAAAACACAGAUGAACACUUCAGGAAGCCGCUUCAUCAAGCUGAUCUCACUGCAGUACUGCGACAAGAGAAAGACUUUACUCAGAGGCCGGCUGUACACGUAUAUGCUGGAGAAGUCGAGGGUCAUCUGCAUGCCACCGCAUCAGCAGAACUUUAACAUCUUCUAUCUGAUGGCUGAAGGGCUUUCUGCAGAGGAGAAGAGUCAGCUGUAUCUGAACAAUGUUUUGGCCCAUAGGUGUUUGAACACAGCGGCCCCUGGUGAAAGUCCAGCAGUAGCGAGUGCGUGUCCUCAGAGUAGAGAGAAGCUCUUAGCCCUUAAACAGGCUCUGCGGGCCCUCGGAUUCAACAAACUGGAAGUGGAGAAUGUGUUUGUGCUCAUCUCUGCUCUGCUGCACUUGGGAGAUCUGCGUUUCACAGCCCUGACAGACGCUGACACUGCAUUUGUGUCCGACUUACAACUGCUGGACAGAGUGGCCGGGAUGUUGCAGGUUAGCUCUGAGGAUCUCAGCUCUGCUCUCACCUCUGAUGUUCAGUGUUUUAAAGGUGAUGUCAUCACAAGACGCCACACAGUUGAAAUGUCCAACCAUCACAGAGACCUGUUGACUAAAGCUCUGUACGGGCGACUCUUCAGCUUAUUGGUCAAUAACAUUAACUUUUACCUCCAAGGCCAUGAAGAAACCACUGGAGAUCCUGCCCUUGAGAUCAGCAUCCUGGACAUCUUUGGCUUUGAGGAAUUCCAACGCAACGCUUAUGAACAGCUGUGCAUCAACAUGGUGAAUGAGCGGAUCCAUCAGUUCACAGCAGAGGUGCUCUUCCAGCAGGAGCAGCAUGAAUGUCUGCAGGAGGGGGUCGCCAUGGAAACGCUCCGCUCCCUCGGCAGCCAGACGGCAGUGCUGGACUUCUUUUUCCAGAAGCCUCAGGGAGUGCUGUGUAUCAUUGAUGAGGAGAGUCAGUCCCUCAGGCCAUGUGAAGUCAACCUUUACAAGCGCCUCCAGAUCCAGCUGGAUUCCUCCGCUACAGACGCCGUCUCCCUCACAACCAAGGAUGGCAAUGGGAACCCCCCGCCCAAAGACCAGGGGCCAUCGUUUACCGUCACACACUUUGCCGGCAAGAUGACCUAUGACCUCACCGGAUCACUGGACAGGAACAAGGAUGUUCUUCCUCAAAACAUCUUGUUUGUUAUGAAAACGAGUGAGAACGUGCUCAUCCAUCAAAUGUUCCAGUGUAAACUGACUCAGACCGGCUCACUGGUUCCUCAACACCAGCGCAUGAAGCUCCGUGGACCCAAAGGCACACUGAUAAACAAAAGCACCACGCUAAAUCCUGCCAGAGACGCCAAGAAAUAUGUGGAACUGAACAAGCUGCUGAAGAAGAAGGGUGCGUCGUCGUUCCUCCAGAGACUAGAGCGCUGUGGACCAAUCACUGUGGCUGUGCAGCUCAAGAACUCUCUGUGUGAGAUCACCAGUAAACUGCAGUCCUGCACACCCCACUUCAUCCAGUGUGUCAGACCCAACAAUGCCAGUAAGCCGGAUGUGUUCGACAGCUUCCAUGUGUCCUCGCAGCUCCAAUAUGUGGGGGUUCUGGAGAUGGUCCGGAUGAUCCGCUAUGGAUACCCAGUACGACUGUCUUUCUCUAGCUUCCUGAGCAGGUACAGAGAGCUGGUGGACACCAUCAUCACUGACAGGAAGAAAGCAACCACAGAGGAGAAGUGCCGGCACAUUCUGCUGCAUUGUAAACUCCAGGGAUGGCAGAUGGGCAACAGUAAGGUUUUCUUGAGAUACUGGCAGGCCGAUCACCUUAAUGACCGCUGCCAUCAACUGCACAGGAAGAUUAUUAUCUGUCAGAAAGUAAUGCGUGGCUGGUUGGCCAGACAGCAGGUGCGUCGCAGGCUCACUUCUAGGAAACAGGAGCUCUGCAAUGUCCAGCGGUUCCUGCAAGGAGCUGAGGACUUGGGUUUGCGCACUUAUGACAACCUGGUCAUUCAAAACGCAGCCGAUAUUGCUAGAGAGAACGACCGCCUGCGGGGUCACAUCAGUGCUCCACCACUGGGAGAGCGACCAGAACCUGUGGGCAAAGAAGAAGAUUCGCCUAAAAGGGUUGUUGAAAAAAGUGGGAGAGGUAAUGAUGUGGCCAACCGUGGGGGGAACCGACCAAUUCGGCAUUUUCGCUCCAGCUCUGUGCCUCUACCCCUGGUAAUGGACAGCUUGGUACACUCCAGCAUUGGGGCAUCAAUCAAAGCAGCCCUUCAGCCUACACCACAUUCCACUGAUGAAGGCAAUGGAGGAAGCCUUUCCUCUCCACGAAAACAACCUCCUCCCAAACCCAAACGAGACCCUAAUACACGUCUGAGUGCAUCAUAUGAGGCAGUGAGUGCAGGCCUGAGUAUUGCACCCAAAGACAGCCCUGCUGAGGGUCAAGCCUCUCCGUCGGGAAGCCCACCAAACACCCAGCUAUCUCCUUCUGAUUCUCUAGCUAAACCACGCCCUCACAGUGAUGACUACAGCACCAUGAAGAAGAUCCCACCCCCUAAACCCAAACGCAGCCCUAAUACCAAACUAACAGGUUCCUAUGAGGAGAUCUCUGUACCCUCCCCUGCACGCCCCACUGACAUGAAACUCGUCAGCCUUGUACGAGGCGGCCACUGCUUGGGGCUUAUCCAGCGAGCAGCAUCUGCAGAUGGCCCCCAUUCUUCUGUGCUUAGUCUCUACCCCUGCCAGGAUGAGGAGGAUGUGUAUAUUGAGAUGGUAGGGGCUUCACGGGCCCUUAGUCUCGCCGACACUCAUAGCCCAGAACCAGGCGAGGCAGUUUACGAAGAGAUGAAAUACUUCCCAAAUGACGAGAUAGUGUCAACUCCAGUGGUGAAGCCUGAAGCCGUCAAUCCCACUCCACUACCUGCCCCAGUGCUAGAAAUUAAGAGGCCUGUGACCCUGAUUGAGCAGUCAGGCACACUUGGAGGAAAGCAGCAGGGCAAGGAUGGGAUGCCAUGUGACAUCCCAGCUCCAUUCCCCAACCUCCUUCCACACCGUCCACCACUUCUGGUCUUCCCUCCAUCUCCUGUGACCUGCUCUCCUGCAUCAGAUGAGUCCCCUCUUACCCCUCUUGAGGUGAAAAAGUUGCCAGUGUUUGAGACCAAUCUCAACUACAGCAGUCAAGAUGGGGGCAGCCCACUGUCCCCCCAGUACACCCGACAAAGGGCUGACUCUUCCCCAAGUCUUUCCAUCCUGAUGCCAGACAAGUCCACGCCACCAUUGACUCCUCCUCCCCCUCCUCCUCCAGCAGUACUUCCACCUCCCUACCGCCCCCCUUCUCACUUCCCCUUCCCCCCUGAGCCGAACUUCUUGGCCCUGACUCGUGCAGCUUCUGUGGCUAGCACAGAAUCCCCCAAAGUCUCACAUAAAAUGGGGCACGGUCUGGCAGAGACACCCCCAAGCAGUUCUAAGCCUCCCUUCUCCCCAGUAAAGACGUCGCGGCCAGAGCCCCGCAGAGCUCACUCCUGCUCCUCUUCCCCGCUCCUCUUCAACCCUGCCAAUGGGAGACCCCUCACCAGCCCUCUUGAUGAGCUGAACACUAUUUUCAGCUCUGGGCGCAGCCUUCUCCGCAAGUCCACCACAGGAAGAAAGAUCAGAGACAGCGGACUCUCGAAUUCCAACAUUAACCUGCCAGGUCGAGAGGAUCAGGGCCCGAUUUCCCCAUCGGCACAGUUGCAGGACAAAAACGCCAACAACCACACCUCUCCCAACUCCUCAAACCCUGCACCUAUAGAGAAUGGCAACCAGAUCUCCAACGGAACUCUGGAAGACGAGGGACACCCAAAGCCUAUGGCAUCCAGCUCCUCAACGUUACACAGGCACAUGGACAGCCACCACACUCAGGUGCCCCAGAGGUCACGUGCGUGUGGGGAACAGCGGGCCACUCUGCAGGAAUUACUGCGCUGGCGGAGAAGUGUUUGUGAUGGCCGACCAGACUGGCAGAACGCUUGGCUCCACACAAACACCUCACCCACCCUAACAGUUAAGACCAAGAGCCCCAGAAAGAAAGCGUCACCCUAGAGACUGUGGUCUUGCUGAGUUCCCCCUCAGUUAAACCCCACUCCUUAGGCCUGAUGAUGCCCUUAUGUUUUACCCCUUGCACAGGGGUAGCCUCUACAGUCAAACUCAGAACUCAUGAGAGGAUGGCGUUCCAUCCAAAGUUGUUCUUCUUCCUCUUCAUUUUUGAAAUGGAAAUUUGCUUGACGUCAUCUCUACAACUAAUCGCCAAAUAACAUGGAGACCCCCAAGGACUACAGAGCCCUAUCCUGAAUAGUCAUUGCCAGGCAGACGAAAGGGAAUAUGGCUUCUAUUAAUCUCCUUUUACAGUGUCCUAAAUGUAAAGCCUUUUGGAGAAAAAGAAUCUCAUGUCGUCUUGAUUGCUACUCAUCAAUGCUAUCUUAGGGCUGUGCAAACAUAUCUCAACUGUGCUGCUGUGUGUUAUAGUCUCCAUCGUGGGCCAUAUUUUAGGUUUAAACCCUGGUGCUGGUUGCUCCACAUGUGGCUGUUGUUGCCUGGGUUGGGUAAAAAGUGCCAGUUCUGUUCCAACUCGAGCACCUGAGGCAUGUGUUAGCGACUGACCUUAAAGUUUACAAGACAAAAAAAAAAAAACUUUGUGUUGGCCUCUUGGUCUAGCUUUGUGAACUAAGUCCUUCAGGUUCAGAGAAGCAGCUACACCUCAUGCUUUUUUCAGGUGCUUUGGUUACCCUCUAUCAGAGGUGGCAACCAUCACACACAGGUUGUGACCUUGCAAAAAGGUCAGGGUUCAGGGAAAUCACGAGUAACAUCAUAGGUCUACAACAUUUCCACCAGCUUCUGGACUGAAUCCAUCAUUAAAUCUAAGCUAAUUUGUGGAAACUUCUGCUACAAGAAACCGUUAGAUUUCAGAAGAAGAACUUGAAGAUGCUUGAUUUAUAUUGAAUGGUUAAAGAGCACAAUUCUCCAAAUGCAACACUAGAUGGAACAACGAUUCCUAGUGAUGGAUACUACUGCCGAUUUGACUGAUCUAUUGUUUGUGGACCUUCUUCUCAAAGGUGCUUAUGUAUGAAUGCUUGGUUGUAUGAAAACAUGUUAGUACCUUAGUACCCAUGUACAAACAGCACAAGUUCCAGAAUGUUCAUCUCUCCUAAAGUGAAGGUACGCAGAUGCCCACAAAAUAGUUCAAGGCAUUUGAUUUAGCCAUAGUGCGCACAUACAGAUUUAUUACCUGAAAGACCUUGGGUAAAUAUUUUUGUGGAUCUUACACACUAGGUUUAAAACUAGAGACCAACCAUGAUCAUGAGUUGAGCUUUGCAACUGACAAACAGGCACUUUUCUGAGAAUAAGCAGAACUUCAAGUCCUUCAGGUUUGGGGCGAAAAGAUGGGUUAUGUACAGAUUGUGAAUGUUGAAGUAUGAUGACAAAGAAUUAUUGUCUUUAUAAUAGAAAGAUGUCCCUAAAUGUCCAGGGACGUAAUGGAAAAAGGAUUAAGAUGGUUUUAUAGUGUGAAUAUCAUUUUAGUACAGGAUGAUUGUUUAUUCAUGGUGAAUUCUUUAGCCGUUCCCCAUCCCAACAGGACUGUGGUCAAUGUAUAAAAAUAUUUAAUGUAUUGUACAGAACGUUGUGUUUGUGCAAGAAUGUUUGAGUUGCACUUUGCCGCUGUUUUGUUUAAGCUUCAUUAAGAGCGUUACUCCAUGCCUGUGUGCUUAUUCUGAAGGCGGCGUCUUGUCUUGCUGGGUAAAAUGGGGUCCCUAAAUGUUAAACCUUAUAAAAGAACGCCCAUGCAGCCCCCUCCAACAUAGUGAUCCAUCUCAAGGUCUUGAUUUUUGAAUGUGCAUAGAUUAAGUCAGAGAAUUUGUCAGAGAACUUGUUAUAGUUUAAGUGACACAUUUUUUAUUGAUUGUAUUGAAACUUGAAUUUUCAAGGUGAAACUAGAUACAAAAUUCAAUCAACACUGUAGAGAUGAGUUUAAAGGUCCAGUUUUGGAAGUCAUUCUUUCUGGCUCUAUAACUCAUAUCAAACAGCUCUAUAAUAGGCUUAUGUAUCUCAUAUCUCCUGUCUCUUAUCUUCCCAAGUAAUGUGAAUAGUCCCUUUCCCCAUUCCAUUGGACGGUGGUUUAAGCAUCUUUCACUGCUGUGCAGUCCUGCAGAUCAGAGACGCAUAUUAAAAUCACUGUGCAGGCCAGUGUUGAAGAAGACUGAAUAUCAUUUCGGUGGAUAUGACUAGAAAAGCUGCUUUGCAUUGCUAUUGCUUAACAGGGUUACGGUACUAUUAUUUGAAGCAUUUAUUUAUUGACAGAAAAUUGCUAUUUUAUAAUGUCUAUGGUAUUGGCUUAUCGUCAAUAUUUAAAAAAAGAAUGAAAAGAACUGUACAGUAUGAGCCCAAUUUUUUUACUCUGUUGUUAAAAAAGGAACGUAUGUUAACGCAUGAGAUCUCUCUUAGGUACAUGGCCCGUCUGUAUGUUUUUUGCUGUGCUUAGUCUGAUACGUUGUGGAGAUAUACACAUCAUUGCCCUCUCUGUCUGAUACUAUGGAAUCAUCCAGACGUAAAUGUUAUGAACUUCCUCUCACCCUCCAGCCCAACACAGCCUCAUAUUAAUGGACCUGAUUUGAUUUUGAACAGUAGCCAAAAAUGGUUUGGCUAAGCACAGUGAGUGUUGAACAUAUCCCAGUGUUGUAGUCGAGACCAGCUCAUGCGAGUCAGUCAAAACUGUAGCCAAAAAAGUCCAAGAACAUCAUUACAUUAACCUUUGGUCUCGGUUUUGAUUUGCUGAUUUCUACUAUAUAUGUCUCGACAAAUGAAAGCAAACCCAUUCAUAUCUCAGCUCUUGCUCAAAUACGCAGAGUUCAAUGAAAUACUGAAAUAUCAUAAGUGUUGCUGUCUUUUGUAGUCGAUGUGUUUUAGUUUGUUUGUUUUUUUAGUUUAUUCUGAUCCUUGUGUAAAUGAUAUAUAAAAAUGACUAUUACUUCAAUACAUGUUUGUGGGAAAGAAGAGAAAUGUAUGUCUUGGUACAUAUUUUGUUUUGAAAUGUUUUAUAAAACUCCUGUACAGCAAUAAAGCACAGCGUCAGUCAACUGACCUAAAAAAAAACUA